AUCCUUAAAUCCGUAAAAAUAUCCCUCAUUUUAAUUAACUCACAAAACACGUGUAACGGUUCACAGCGUUUUCUUUUUCUUUCUUCAACAGUUUAGGGGGAAAAAAAAGACAAGACAAAAAUUCAGUUACUUCUUUUCCGUCUUCGCUUUCCGAUGUUGUUGUCUUUGUCUUGGUCUUUCACUUUUUCUCCUCAUUCUCCGCAAAAGCAUUCUCGGUGUCAAUGUUGUAAUUUUGUUCCUGGAAACGUUUCUCAAAAGGAACGUGGUUUGGAAUUCAACACCGGCGGUGCAUUUUACCGGCAAGAAAGUGCCACCGGACGUGACCUCGGAGUUCUUGCAGCUUCCUUGCAGAAGAAGGCUAAUGGAAGCUUGCGUGUUCUUGAUGCACUUUGUGGUUGCGGGAUACGGUCGGCGCGGUAUUUGAAGGAAGCUGAAGCUGAUUUUGUUGUAGCUAACGAUGGCAAUGAUAGCUAUGGAAGGAUAAUUGAGGAGAAUUUGAGUCGGGUUUCGGCGAAAGAGGAGGGAAGAUGGGUGGUUACUCAUUUAGAAGCUAAUAGAGUUAUGACUGAUUAUUACAUGCAGAAGAAUUUGUUUGAUUUCAUUGAUGUUGAUUCUUUUGGAAGUGAUUCUUCGUUUUUGAGGUCUGCUAUCAUUACUUUGAAAUUUGGUGGUCUGCUUUAUGUCACUUCAACUGAUGGUUUCUCUUCUGGUGGACACAGGCCUCAUCAUUCUUUAGCUGCUUAUGGAGCUUAUGUGCGCCCUAUGACAUAUUCGAACGAGAUUGGUUUGCGAAUGCUUAUAGGCGGGGUUGUCAGGGAGGCUGCAUUGUUGGGGUACCAUAUAACUCCCUUGUUUUCGUACUAUGCUUAUCAUGGACCUGUUUUCCGGGUCUUGCUCAGAUUGAAUCGCAGGAAGCUUCAUGAUAGUAGACAUUAUGGUUUUAUUGGCCAAUGCGACCAGUGUGGAAAUUCCCAUGAGUUUUCUUGGGACCAACUCGGUCAGAUGAGUUGCUCCUGCAGUGUGUCAAAGGUUUCAGACUCGCUUAAGGUAUCAGGACCUCUUUGGACAGGGCCUCUUCAUGAUGCUGCAUAUCUUACGGAUAUGUUAGAUCUGGCCAAACAGUGGGGAUGGAUUGGUUGUGAUGGUAAAGACAGUCUUGAAAAGCUUAUAAAACUGAUGGUGGAUGAAAGUGACCCCAGGUUGCCAUUUGGGUAUAUCAAGUUGGAUGAGAUGGCAAGCCGUGCAAAAAUCAAUAGUCCACCUCUCAGGGCCUUGAUGAGCGCCAUGCAUGAGAAGGGUUAUGCUGCCAGCAGGUCUCACAUAACCGCAAAUGCAAUUAAAACAAAUUGCCCCAUGACAGAAUUCAUUAGUAUAGCUAAAGAACUAGUGCUGAUAUCUGUCUCUUGAUGGUUUGGCCUCUAAAGGUUCCUCUGAGCAUUUGUUAAUGUUCGCAUGAGUUGAAGGUCAUAUCUCAAUUUUUUUGUUAAACAAUAGUUGUUUUAUGAUAGUAACAUAAUGAAAGGUGAGCCACUCCGUGGGGAAAUGGAAUGACUUUGAUAUAAAUAGGAAGGGGACAUACUUCAUAUUUUGGUUGAUGAAGUUGUUGAUCUUGCAAGGUUGCAAGUAUAUUUCCUUUUGACAUUCCACUCAGCUGAUCAUGCAUUAUCUAAUCAUUCAUUUCUCUGGUGUGAUGUUCUGUACUGCUCUAAAUUAUGCAUUUCUAAUGGAGGCUUCUUUGGGCUCUUUUGGAUUAGUGAAUAAACAAAGUUCAGUCACAAA